UGGAAGGUAUUUGUUUUGGUAAUUGGCCGUUGUGAAAUGCAGGAAUCACUCUGUGUCAGUCGGUGUUGUAAGCGCGGGGUUGGGUUGCAUGCAACAAGUCCACAAAGAUUGUGGUGGUAUAAUCAGGCAGUGCAGCAGCAGCAGUAGCAGCAGCCAUGCAAGGAGGAUCGUCGGGCAUCGGAUAUGGUCUGAAAUACCAGGCUAGAUGUAUAUCAGAUGUUAAAGCCGACACAGAUCAUACUAGCUUCAUCACCGGCACUCUCAGUCUCAAAGAAGAAAAUGAGGUGCAUUUGAUUCGGCUCUCUUCGGAUGGAACCGAACUCGUAUGCGAGGGUUUGUUUUCGCACCCCAACGAGAUCUGGGACCUUGCUUCCUGUCCCUUCGACCAGCGCAUCUUCUCUACUGUUUAUUCUACAGGUGAGUCAUAUGGAGCAGCAAUAUGGCAGAUCCCCGAGUUAUAUGGUGAACUGAAUUCCCCUCAGUUGGAAAGAAUUACCUCCCUUGACUCACAAGUUGGCAAGAUUAAAUGCAUUCUUUGGUGGCCAUCUGGAAGACAUGAUAAGCUGAUCAGCAUUGAUGAAGAAAAUCUGUCCUUGUGGAGCUUAGAUUUAUCCAAAAAAGCUGCUCAGGUACAAUCACAGGAGUCUGCUGGCGUCAUGCACUACUUAUCUGGUGGUGCAUGGGAUCCUCAUGAUAUGAAUGCUGUUGCAGCAACUUGUGAAUCAUCCAUCCAGUUUUGGGAUUUGCGGACAAUGAAGAAGACAAAUUCAGUUGAGCAUGCUCAUGUCCGAAAUGUUGAUUAUAACCCCAAGAAGAAACAUGUGCUUAUGACUGCAGAAGAUGAAUCUGGGAUACGCAUAUGGGAUCUUAGGAAGCCGAAGUUCCCUAUCCAGGAACUUCCUGGACACACACACUGGACGUGGGCUGUCAGGUAUAACCCUGAGUAUGAUGGGCUGAUUUUGAGUUCCGGUACAGACUCAACUGUCAACCUGUGGUUGGCUUCUCCAUCUAGCAAGGAUGGCUCAAUAUCUGAAAGCUUGGUUGAUUCACCAACUAGGCGGAUUGACCCAUUGCUGAACUCUUACAGCGACUAUGAAGAUAGUAUUUACGGCCUUGCUUGGAGCUCUCGCGAGCCUUGGAUCUUUGCAUCAUUAUCCUAUGAUGGGAGGGUAGUUGUAGAAUCAGUGAAACCAUUUCUCUCAAGGAAAUAAGGUUUGGCACACUGGUCGAUUGCUAUGAUGGGUCUACUUGGUGUGCGUGAUUCUAGAUAUCCUUGUUUGCCUCUCAUCUCGUCUCGUUUUUAGUAGAUAAAUCACUAAAGCAGACCACGAAAACUCUUCUGAAUGAUCAGAUUUUAGUUCCAGAUUUUUUGAGUGUACUAUAUACUCCGUGAUUACGUGCCUCACAUGACAACAAUAUAUGUUAUUCCGAUUCAAACAUCAACAGAAAUUUGGGUGCUGUGAAUACAAAACUGCAAAAGAGGCAGGGCAAAUGUUGUGAGAUGGACUGGCAUUUAUGCGUCGAGUACAAUUCCUCCUUAGACUAGGGGGGUUUUUUAUUAUUAUUAUUAUUAUUAUUUUAUUUAUUUAAAGAUUGAUUUCCUUUCUUAAUCGAUUGGGCAAGAAUUAAGAAAAACGAAUCAGUGAUUCAUGUGGCAAA